UUUACAUUUGCUCCUAAUAUUUGUUCUAAGUGUAUCUAUUUCCCUUUCCGAUGAAAAUUUAAAUGAACAGGCUAAUCAAGAAAACCAGUGCGCGCAGUAUUGCUUAAAGGUCUUCCUAUGGAACACCGUGACAAUGCAACAGAAAUUGGAAGCGUGUGACAAAAAGAAUGCGCAAAUGAUGGCCAUGCAGAGUCAGUUGGCCAUUUUGAAAUUGAAGGAAAAAACUUAUGAAAGAACGAUAAUGGAUAAGGACGAACAGUGCAAAAGCCAAGAAAAACUCCACGAUGACGUGUCCUCAAUUAAGAAUAAAGUGGAAAAUCUGCUAUCCACAUUGGAGAGGGAAAGCAAACACCUUCUGGAAUUGUUAAAGCAACUGGAAGCUUACAGGACGUCAAUAGAGAUGAAGGAUGAACGAAUAAAGUCCUUAGAGUCAACUUUACAAGUCAAUAACUUAAUGCUGGAUACUUGCAAGAUGAAUCUUUCGUCGAGUCCAGCGGCACUCAUGAUAAUGGACUCCAAGCGAGAGAUCCAAGCGAAAGUUUACGAAUCAAGUUGCAUAAGCAUUGGAAACUCCUCAGAUAUAUUUGAAAUUAAAGUUCCAGGGAUUGAGCCGUUUCCAGUGCCUUGCGACGGACGUAUUGCAGGUCCUGGCUGGACGGUAAUUCAGAGACGUGUGGAUAAUGCCGUGGACUUUAAUCGAAGCUGGCAAGAAUAUAGGGAUGGCUUUGGUGAUCUGGAUGGAAAUUUGUUCAUCGGAUUGGAGAAAAUCUACAGAAUGACAAAUUCCAGACCACAUGAGCUGUACAUACAUUUGGAAAAUUUCAAUGAUACAACCCGUUUUGCCCGCUACAAUAAUUUCAGUAUAGGCAGUGAAGAGGAUGCUUACCAGCUGAAAGUUUUGGGAAGAUUCUCGGGAGAUGCAGGUGAUUCCCUCAAAUUCGAAAGAGGUAUGAAAUUCACCACAUUUGACCGGGAUAACGACAAACAGAGCUUCGAUAACUGCGCAAGAGAGCGAAGCGGCGGAUGGUGGUACAAUCAAUGCUCAAGAGCAAAUUUAAACGGAAUAUACUUGAAAUAUGAGGAGGACAAAUGGGAUGGCAUCUGGUGGUGGAGUUGGCAAGAAAGCAUAACUCUAAAAUCAGUGCAAAUGUUAAUUAGACCAACCACCAACAGAAAAUAAAAAUAUAUAAUUAUUAU